AAUGUAAAUGAGUGCUGUUGUUGCGGGGCCUAUCUCCACCGGUGCUCGUGCCCGUGCUUGCUUACUUACGUGCUUGCCCUUGCUCUUCGUCCUCUGCCCUCUGUCCUCUGCCUCUGCUCGACGACGCCCGCUCUUGUGGAGGAGGAGGAGGAGAUGGUGGUGGUUACUUAGUGUGUUGUUUUCCUUGAGUGUGGGCUUCGAGUUGAGUUGGAGACGUGUCGGGGGUUUGAGUAGGGGAGCGGUGAGGUUACACGGCGUGGCAGUUAAAGAUCGAGAGUGGAUCGGGGGGAGCGGAGUAGUGGAGCUGCUGUGAGCCGUAGUGGUGGUGGUGGUGGUGCUGCUGCUGCUGCUGGGGACCGUGCUAGGGUUUCAGGUGGUGUCGGUGAGUGGUAGCCCGUGAUGGCUUCCAAGCGUAUUCUGAAGGAGUUGAAAGAUCUGCAGAAGGAUCCACCGACAUCAUGCAGCGCGGGACCUGUGGCAGAAGAUAUGUUCCAUUGGCAGGCUACUAUUAUGGGUCCUCCAGAUAGUCCGUAUGCCGGAGGCGUAUUUCUGGUCACCAUCCACUUCCCUCCCGAUUAUCCAUUCAAGCCCCCUAAGGUUGCCUUCAGGACCAAGGUUUUCCACCCUAACAUUAAUAGCAAUGGGAGCAUUUGCUUGGACAUCUUGAAGGAGCAAUGGAGCCCUGCAUUAACCAUAUCCAAGGUGCUGCUCUCAAUCUGCUCGCUGCUUACGGACCCUAAUCCAGAUGACCCGCUGGUCCCAGAAAUUGCUCACAUGUAUAAGACAGACAGGCAAAAGUAUGAGGCAACUGCCAGAAGUUGGACUCAGAAGUAUGCAAUGGGUUGAGGCCAAGAAGUUGCAGCAGCAAGGUUGCUAGCAUUGUGGGAUUCGCCAUGACGUAGAUGUGAAUAUCCUGUCUUUGCUUUACUGUUUUGCUGGAUGGGAAACGAGGAUGAAAUUACUAGUUGGCCUUGAGGGUCCUGAUGAUGAGUCUUGUAGUUUUUUCUGUCAUUGAGCCAGUCUAAGUUGCAAUAUACUCGUAGGGUGCUAAAUGUGUACUGAGAGCUUAAGUAGUCAGAUAAGUUUUAAACUAUUUGGUGCAUCUUUUGCUUGGGGCCCUGAAGAUCAUAGACGCUCCACUUCCUCGCUGUUUCAGCUUUCAUGCCUGUGCCAGGUUUCAUAUAUUCAUGAAAAGAUUUGGCAUUUCUUUUG